UCUUUGGCGUGGUCCGGAUCUAGAUUCUAUAGAAUUUGGCGACAUUCUUUGCAUAUUGCUUGCCCAUUCCUUCACCGUCACCAUGGGACGGUGCUGUUUAUCUUCCCCAUCUUCCUUCUUCCCUGCAUUUAUCCGACAUUGUUUUUAUUAAAGAAUGGUUAUCUUCUUUUCGAGGUCUGUUUCUAAGCCAGCAGUCAAGCAGCGAUUAGACUUCGUUUAGAGGCAACCACAGCAUGGAUAGCAACCUCUCAUAAAUACUUGCAUUUCGAGGUGAGUUAGCCAAAGAGACGCGUCUCCUCCAGUUACCCAGCAGCAGGGGCAUGUGCAUACUAGUGAGCUGUGUUUCCUGUUUCCGGACGCUUCUCUCCUCUGCAACUACUACUGCUCUCUGUUUCACACGGACAUGCUCUCUCUCUCCUCUGCCCUUUAUAUAGGAGCCGGUGCAAGAACCAGAACCUGGGGAGGAGGAGUGGAAUCCGAAGAGGCCAGCGAGUGAAGAGUGAAGCAAGAAAGGUGUAUCGCCCAUGGCGGUGGCGCUGCCCAUGCACACUCUGGCGCUCGGGUCGGGCGGCGGCGAUCACUGCUUGCCGAGCCUCCCUCGGCUUCGGGGCAGAGAUCUGGGGUCUGCUGGGUUGUCAUCCUUCCUUGGACGGAGAGUUUGCUGCCCGGGAGGGUCGCCCAGGAAUCAUGGAGCUGGUCGACUCAGAAGGGACCUUGGCAAGCCGCCCGCUGCCGCCAUCAACUCUGUUCUUGCUGACGUUGCCAAAAAUUUCAAGGCACAGCCCCUUGAGGCACCGGCGUUCGAAAGGCCGUUAGCUGAUCCGGGAACCGUUGCCUCAAUCAUAUUAGGUGGAGGAGCCGGAACUCGACUUUUUCCUCUCACUCGAAGAAGGGCCAAACCAGCUGUACCGAUUGGAGGUUGUUACAGGCUUAUUGAUGUUCCAAUGAGCAAUUGCAUCAACAGUGGAAUAAAUAAAAUUUAUGUUCUAACUCAAUUUAACUCUCAGUCUCUGAAUCGCCAUCUUGCUCGGACAUAUAACUUGGGUAAUGGCGUAAACUUUGGUGAUGGAUUUGUAGAGGUACUAGCAGCAACACAAACACCUGGAGAAUUUGGGAAGAGGUGGUUUCAGGGAACAGCAGAUGCUGUUAGGCAAUUCGGAUGGCUAUUUGAGGAUGCCAAACUUAGACAUAUAGAGAACAUGCUGAUUUUGUCUGGCGAUCAUCUGUAUCGAAUGAACUACAUGGACUUCGUGCAGAAACACAUUAACUCUGGGGCUGAUAUAUCCGUUUCUUGUGUCCCAGUGGAUGACAGUCGUGCUUCGGAUUUUGGAUUGAUGAAGGUUGACAAAAUGGGGCGCAUCCAUCAGUUUCUUGAAAAGCCAAAGGGUGAAAAUCUGAGGACUAUGCAAGUGGACACAACAGUCUUAGGAUUGCCUCCUGAAGACGCAAAAAUGCAUAAAUACAUCGCAUCAAUGGGAAUAUACGUGUUCAAGACAGAUGUUCUUCUGAAGCUAUUAAGAUGGCGCUAUCCUUCUGCUAAUGAUUUUGGCUCCGAGAUCAUACCAAUGGCAGCUAAAGACUACAAUGUGCAGGCAUAUCUAUUCGAUGGAUACUGGGAGGAUAUUGGAACUAUCAAAUCAUUUUUUGAUGCAAAUUUGGCUCUCACCGAUCAGCCUCCCAAGUUUCAUUUUCAUGAUCCUAAGAAGCCAAUCUUUACAUCACCACGGUUUUUACCACCAACCAAGAUAGAAAAAUGCAGGGUUGUAGACUCUAUAAUUUCACAUGGAUGCUUCUUGACACAAUGCAGUGUCAAACAUUCCAUUGUUGGUGUUCGCUCAAGAUUAGAGUAUGGGGCAGAGCUUAAGGAUACCAUGAUGAUGGGUGCAGACUAUUAUCAGACUGAGGCAGAGAGAGCAUCUUUCUUGGCUGAGGGGAAGGUUCCAGUUGGUGUUGGAGAGAACACUAGGAUUAGGAACUGCAUCAUCGACAAAAAUGCCAGGAUCGGAAAGGAUGUGAUCAUCGCAAAUGCAGAUAAUGUGGAGGAAGCUGAUAAACCAUCAGAUGGUUUCUACAUUCGUUCUGGAAUCACUGUGGUGCUGAAGAAUUCUGUUAUUCCAGAUGGGACCAUUAUCUAGAGGUUUUUUGCAGCAAUGGUCAGCGAAUUAGAGAUACAUAUGGAACAACAGCAAAUAAGAACUCCACUGCUGUACCAUCAACAUAGCAGCAGCUAUAUCUCCAGCUAUGGCAAAUUGGAAACGACCGCAUUCUGCUCAGUUUGUGGGAAUGCGGUAUCUAAUCACCACCCAUGGAUCUUUUUCCCAUGCAUAUACCUUGAUGAAUAAACCAUCCAUGUAAUGGUGAUUCCAGGCGUAUCCUAAAUAAAUGAAAAUGUGUAAGAACGACAGACAUCAAGGCUAACCCAUUUGCUAGGGUAUCAUGCCUGAGAACAAAAUAAUGAAAUUUUGCAUUACGGUUUUUCUUGC